AUGGCCGACACCCUGCCUAGAAAGCAGAAAGGUGUCUCGCCUGCACCUCCACAAAAUGUGCCCCGAACCCAACUCCCGGCCAAACAGCCCAAACGAAAGAGUUAUGCUUCUGAAGGCGUCACAGACAAUGAUAUCUUUCUGUUACCUGUCUCAGACUACCAGAUCAUGGUCCUUUUGACCUUGGUCGGUGCUGUUGUGCGCCUAUUCCGCAUCUACCAGCCCACCAGUGUUGUCUUUGACGAAGUCCACUUCGGUGGUUUUGCGACCAAAUAUAUCAAGGGCAAAUUCUUCAUGGAUGUUCAUCCACCUCUUGCCAAGCUUCUCAUUACCCUCGCAGGCUGGGCCGCUGGUUUUGAUGGAAGUUUCGACUUCAAAGACAUUGGAAAGGAUUAUAUCGAGCCCAAGGUUCCCUAUGUCUCAAUGCGACUAUUACCUGCCAUCCUUGGUGUCUUGACCAUUCCUACCAUCUUCCUCACCCUCAAAGCCUCCGGGUGCCGGACCUGGUCUGCGGGCUUGGGUGCUGCCCUUCUCAUCUUUGAGAACGGCUUCAUCACACAAUCCCGUUUGAUUCUGCUCGACUCUCCCCUGAUCAUCUGUACCGCAUUCACUGGAUUGGCGUGGACUGCGUUUACCAACCAGCACGAACUUGGACCUAGCCGGGCUUUUGAUGCCAGCUGGUGGUUUUGGCUAGUUGCAACUGGUUUAGGCCUGGGCGCUACUGUCAGCAUGAAAUGGGUUGGCCUCUUCACCAUCGCAUGGGUCGGAAGUUUGACAGUCUUGCAACUGUGGGUCUUACUGGGCGACACGGUCAACGUUAGCCCAAGAAAAUGGUUCAAGCAUUUGUUCGCCCGGAUCUUCUGUUUGAUCGUCAUUCCCAUCGCGUUCUACGUGGGUAUGUUUGGCAUCCAUUUCCUGUGCUUGGUCAAUCCUGGAGACGGAGAUGGAUUCAUGUCUUCUGAAUUCCAAGCGACUCUGAACAACAAGGGAAUGGCAGAUACCCCCGCAGACGUCGCCUUCGGAAGCGAAGUGUCCAUUCGACACCACAACACUCAGGGAGGCUAUCUCCACUCUCACCCACAUAUGUACCCUACUGGAAGCAAACAGCAGCAAGUCACCCUCUAUCCUCACAAGGACGAGAACAAUGUCUUCCUCCUCGAGAACCAGACACAACCCGUCACUGCCGAUAAUGUCACCAUUGCUGGCCCCCGUGCUUGGAGCAAUCAGACGAUCGAAUUCAUCCAGGAUGGAGAUGUCGUCAGGCUCUACCACAUUAUGACCCACCGCCGAAUCCAUUCUCACGAUGUCCGACCUCCCGUUACUGAAGCUGAAUGGCAGAACGAGAUUACUGCUUAUGGUUAUGAAGGGUUUGAAGGUGAUGCGAACGACUUCUUCCGGGUGGAAAUUGUCAAAUCCAUGUCGGAUGGAGAGGAGGCAAAGACACGACUCCGCACCAUCCAGACCAAGUUCAAGUUGGUUCAUGUCAUGAGCGGCUGUGUGCUUUUCUCGCACAAAGUCAAGCUCCCGGACUGGGGCUUCGAGCAACAGGAGGUGACAUGCGCCAAAGGCGGCACUCUCCCCAACAGUGUAUGGUAUGUGGAACAAAAUUACCAUCCCAUGUUCGAUGAAACGGCGGAAAAGGUCAACUACAAGAACCCUGGGUUCUUGGGCAAGUUUCUGGAGCUUCAAAAGGUCAUGUGGAGAACAAAUGCAGGAUUGGUUGAAUCCCAUGCCUGGGACUCUCGACCGGGUUCUUGGCCAAUUCUCCGCCGUGGUAUCAACUUCUGGGGCAAGGACCAUCGUCAAAUCUACCUUCUUGGGAACCCAGCUAUCUGGUGGCCGUCGACUGUGGCUAUCGUAGCCUACGUCGUCUUUAAAGCCAUCGCUGUGUUGCGAUGGCAACGAAGUUGCGAUGACUACUCCAAUGUCAACUUCAAGCGAUUUGACUACGAGAUUGGGCAAACUGUCCUCGCCUGGGCGUUCCACUACUUCCCUUUCUAUCUUAUGGCCCGUCAGUUGUUCCUUCACCACUACUUUCCAGCACUAUACUUUGCCAUUAUCGCCAUGUGCCAGAUCUAUGAUUUCUUGUUCAACCGCAUCGCGUCCCUAGGCCUCAAGAAAUAUCCUGAAAUUGGUCGUGCGGCGGCAGUUCUGUUUGUCGCAUUUGCUAUUGGAGUCUUUACGAUUUACGCCCCAUUGAUUUAUGGAAAUCAGUGGACUCAGGAUAAAUGCAAAGCGGUCAAAUUAUUUGAUACCUGGGAUUUUGACUGCAACACAUUCCAUACUGAUUAUGCCAAAUACAGUCUUCCGUCGGCGCCGGACGCUACUCCUACAGUACCGGGACCCAAGGUAGAUUCUGAGCGCAAAGGAGACGCUGCAGUAUCACAGUUGGCUGGCGAACCACAAGUCAUUGCGCAAGAAGAGCAUGUGGAGUACCGUGAUCAGGAUGGAAAUCUGCUAGACGAAGCACAAGUUUCGGAGCUCUUAGCAGAGGGCAAGGCCAGCUUCCAGACUAAGUACGAAACACGGACUCGAAUGGUGGAUGAGUUUGGCAACGAAGUCAACGCAUCCGGGGUGGCACCCGAUCAUCCUGACGUCCAAGGACAAAACCCCGAUACAAAGGGAGUGCCUGAGGAGAAGGGUCGGAGCCAACCUGCGGAUGUCAAUGCUGGAGGGUCAGUAAAGAAAGAAGAUGAUGGCAAGGCAAAGCCAGCAAGUGAUGCCAGCGAGGCAACGAAGUAG